AAUCUCGUCCACGAGCUGACUUCUGAGUCGACUCAAUAAUCAGUCACCUUGCUUCUGUCCCAGCGAGCAAACCCGAGGGAACUACCGGUACUCUUCCUUGCGUGGGAAUCUCAGUCCACCUGGCAGACGUCGCCCCCCGACACUCCACCAUGCAGAGCAGCGCGCCAGCAGAGCAGUGCUGUUACCACUGCUCUGAUCUGGCAGGAAACAAACGCGAUCAAUCGGAUUCCUCCCAGGUUGCUCGCAAAAAGGGACGAGCCUAUCGCGAUUGCGAAAUGUUCUUUCGCACACGCGGCGACAAGGGGCCACCCCAGGUGGUGGGACCACGUCGCGUACCAUCGCGCAACCUGGAAAUCAUGCUUCGUACGCCAACACGAGGCUCGGGGCUUUCCUUCGAUACCUCUCCCGUUUGACGACGCAACAAAGACCCUUUUUCCGUGCCUGCAGUUACUGCGUGUGGAUCCACCUUCUCACCCUCCCUGGCAUGUCCGCGGUGUCUGACUACUGAGGAGUUGACCCCCAAGAACGCGAAGAUCGCGGCCAAGAUCGCCAAGAUCGCCAAGAGCGCCAAGGACGCUUGAAGGGAGGCCUUCAGAAAGUGGCAGCUAUGGUUCGAAACUCACGCACGCGACGCGACUCACGGACCCCACGCAAUGCCAACAGCAGGCCGAGUUUUGAGUGCUUUCAGGGCAGCAGCAUUUGGACGUGCAACGUGUUGGGCAAACUGGAAGGCGAGAAAGCGUCCCAUAAGGAGCAAGACCCGGAUUGGGGCUUGCAGCACUACCACGUCCUAUAUACGGGAUCUCCAGAGGAGGAGGAGGAGAUGGUGGUGGGAGCUAGGCUGCGUUUGGACUCGCGCCCGCUUGAGUCGGCCGACUGUCAUCGAGUGAAAGAAGGAAUGGCGGUUGUCGCAUACGUGAAGCACCCUGCAGGAGAUGCCACGGUCAAAGACAAGGCACACUACGACGGUCGGGUCGUCAAAGUCACGCGCUGCAAGCACAGGGCUUCACGCAGCAAGCACUGUUGCCGCUGCACCUUCCACGUGCAGCUCUACCACCACCGCUUCUCUACGCCCCCUUCCAACCCGCCACAUCCUCCCGCCUCUCCUGCCUCUAACCCUGCGCCCAAUGGUAGCAGCAGACACCACCCCACUCGGACUCGGUAUGUCUCGCAUGGCGGCUGCGGCAGCAGGCUGGACUGGUCCGUGGUGCGCUGCCGCAUCGCCUCCCUCUGCGUGAGAUUCAACCCCCUCCACCCCCUCCCCGUGCUGCUGAAACACCACCUGGACUGUAUUGGACGGCCGUACCCUCUCAGAGGGGUAGAGCGGAGAGAGAUGCUGGUGGGGAAGGAUGUGGUGGUGGUUGAUGGGGCUGUAGCUACCGCCGGUGGUGGUGGUGCUUUUGGUUAUGGUGGGGAUAGUGGUGGGGAUGGUGGUGGGGAUGAUGAUGUGGUGCUUAUCAGUCACGUUCAUGGUGCUGUAGCGACCUGUGGUGGUGGUGCUUUUGGUCCCGGUGGUGAUGGUGGUGGAGAUGAUGAUGUGGUGCUUAUCAGUCAGGUUGAUGGUGCUGUAGCGACCUGUGGUGGUGGUGCUUUUGGUCCAGGUGAUGGUGCUGGUGAUGCUGCUGUUGCUACUAGUGUGGGCGCAGGUGGUGAUGCUGCUGCUGCUGCUGUUGGUACUGCUGGUGCUUCUUCUGCUGAUGGUCGUGGUGCUGUUGCUGCUGCCACUGCGACUUAUAGGAUAGCUGCUGCUGCCGCUGUGAGUGUUGCUGCUGCUGAUGCUACUGGUGCUGAUGCUACUGGUGCUGAUGCUACUGGUGCUGAUGCUACUGGUGCUGAUGCUACUGGUGCUGAUGCUACUGGUGCUGAUGCUACUGGUGCUGAUGCUGGUACGGGCUGUGCUGUGGGUGGUGGGAGUUUUGCAGGCCGGAUAGGUUACAGGGACAUGGCGGAAGGAGAGGUGGGGGAAAUGGAUGCUGGUAUGGUGGGAACGCAGGGAGUGGAAAUGAGGAGCAGUGAGAAUGGAUGCUGUGCUGGGGCUUCCUCUACCACUGCUGCUGGGGGAAUAUCUGCUACCACUGCUGAGGAAUCCGCUGCUGCUGCUGCUGCUGCUGCUGCUGCUGCUGCUGCUCCUGUCAUGCCUGCUUCGUUUCCUGGACCAGCCAGCACUGAUAGUGGUGCUCCGGAUGCACAUGGGAGUGGCCUAGUUGCUGCCAAGGGAGCCAUCUCUACUGCCGCUUCUGAGGGAUACUUUACUUCUGCUGCUGCUGCUGUUGCCCUCCGUGCAUCGCUUCUGUUGCAGCUUCUAGACAGUAUUGAGAGUGGUGCUCCUGAUGCACGUGCCAGUGGUAGUGGCAGUGGUGCUGGUGUUGUUGGCCGUGGUGCUGGUGAAACUCAUUCUGACACCCGUGCUGACACACAUACUGACACCCGUGCUGACACACGUGCUGACACCCGUGCAGACACCGGUGCUGACACACAUGCUGACACCCGUGCUGACACACUUGCUGACACACAUGCUGACGCACGUACUACUGACACACGUACUGACACACGUACUGACACACGUACUGACACCUGUGCUGACACAUGUGCUGACACCCGUGCUGACACACAUGCUGACACCCGUGCUGACACCCGUGCUGACACCCGUGCUGACAACCGUGCUGACACACAUGCUGACACACGUACUGACACACGUACUGACACACGUGCUGACACACAUGCUGACACACGUGGUAACACGCGUGCUGCUGUGCACACAGAGGGUGAGAAGAGGGGUGGUGGAGAGCAGGGGACAGUGCAGCGGGUUGUGAGGAAGAGGAAUCAGAGAGAAGAGGAGGAGGAGGUGGAGGAGGGGGAGAAGGACGAGGACGAGGAGUGGAGCUGCUGUCUACUGCCUCACCUUCCCCUCUGCCUCACCUCCCCCUCUGCUUCACCCACUGCUGCUGCACCCGGUGCACCCGCUGCUGGUGUUGCCGAUACUCCUGCUGCUGCUGCACCUGCUGCUGCUGCCGCUCCUGUUGAUUUCUCUUCUGUUGCGGCUGCUGCAUCCGUUGCUGCACCUGGUGCUGCUGCCGCUCCUGUUGAUUUCUCUUCUGUUGUGGCUGCUGCAUCUGUUGCUGCACCUGGUGCACCCGUUGCUGGUGCUGCCGAUACACCUGGUGCUGCCACCACAACACCUGCUGCCACAACACCUGCUGCUGCUGCACCUGGUGCUGCUGCUGCCACUGCUGUUGAUCCUUCUGCUGCUGCUGCCGCUGCAUCUGUUGCUGCCACCUCUGCAGCUGCUACCUCACGUGGUGAGAAGCAAGAGGUGGGGAGAGUGGAAGUGAAAGUGGAGCAACAGGACGAGCAGAGAGAGGUGCAACAAGAGGCGCAGAGAGAGAUGCAACAAGAGGCGCAGAGAGAGAUGCAACAAGAGGCGCAGAGAGAGAUACAACAAGAGGCGCAGAGAGAGGAGGGAGAAGAGGAGGAGGAGGAGGAGGAGGAGGAGGAGGAGGAGGAGGAGGAGGCGGUAAUGGCAACCGAAUUUGUGGAAAUGGGAGGAGAAACGUCACAGGGGGGGGGAGACGACGAAACUGCUGUGAGGGAAAUCAGAGAUUUUGACAUGGAUGCUCCUGCUGCUGCUGCUGCUGCUGCUGCUGCUGCUGCUGCUGCUGCCACCACAUUUGCAAUGACACCUGGUGAGGAACAAGAGGAGGAGGAAGAGGCGCGGAAAGUGGAGGUGAAAAUGGAGAAACAGGAGGGGCCGGCAGAGGGUGAGGGAGAAGACGAGGAGGAGGAGGUGGUAGAGGCAACCGAAUGGGUGGAGAUGGAACGGGCUUCCACUGCUGCUGCUGCUGCGCCCACUGCUCCUGCACCUGCCGCUGCUGCUGCACCUGCUGCUGCCACCAGAUUCGCAGUGGUACCAGGUGAGAAACACGAGGAGGAGGAACAGGAGGAGACAGUGGAGGUGAAAGAGGAGGAAGAGGAGGAACAGGCAGAGGAGGAACAACAGAGUCAGGAAGAGGAGGAGGAUGGAGAGGAGGAGGAGGAAGAGGAGGAGGAUGGAGAGGAGGAGGAAGAAGAGGAGGAGGAUGGAGAGGAGGAGGUGGGUGAGCGGAAGAGAAAGCAGAUGGAGGAAGUGAGAGGAGAGGAAGAGAGAGGAGGGGAAGGGAGGGCAUGGGAAGGGAGGGCAGUAGAAGGCGAAUGGCGCCAGGCAAGAAGCCGUAGGGUGCACAGACGACGCUCCCAUCCGCAGCUGCUGUUCGGCUCGUCACAGUGGGCUGCCGAAACACCUGCUGAAACACCUGCUGCCACAACUGCUGUGGCACCUGCUCAUGCACCUGCUGCCACACCUGCCUCUGUGCCCCCUGCUGCUGUGCCCCCUGCCUCUGUGGCACCUGCCUCUGUGGCACCUGCCUCUUUGGCACCUGCGUCUGUGGCACCUGUCACACCUCGAAACCAGCGGACCACUCUGCAUGGAGUGGCACAGGUGCAAGGAGGGCUGCAAGGAGGGAUGCCAGGCAGUGCAACUGCUCCCAAUGCACCCACCUUCCCUGCAUCCACCCUCCCUGCAUCCACCCUCCCUGCAUCAUCGUCACCAGCACCAAUCAGCCGUUACAUGCGCCAAUUGAUAGAUAGAAUUCUCGCCACGAGCAGCAGGAGCCAGCAGGCACAUGGAACCUCACGGGUCUCUUCCCCUGCUAGACUGCUGGACAUGCAUGGAGGCAGAGGAUGUGGCUCGGGGAUGUUUGGGCGGCACGCUGCGAAAGCCUCUGUUGCCGUCCCUCUUGGCACUGCAGUGAAUAAGCUAUGGGAUGAUGCGGGGGAGGGGGAGGAGGAGGAGGAGAGGGAGGGUGGGAUUAGGGGGCUGAAAAGGGGGGAGAAGGAAAGUAGCAAGCAGAGGGUGAUUGUGGCGGUGGGAAGGGGAGAAGAGAGAGAAGAGGGAGAAGUGACAGGAGACACAGAGGACGAGGAGGAUGAGGAGGAGGAGGAGGAGGAGGAGGAGGAGGAGGAGGAGGAGGAGGAGGAGGAGGAGGAGGAGGAGGAGGAGGAGGAGGAGGAGGAGGAGGAGGAGGAGGAGGAGGAGGAGGAGGAGGAGGAGGAGGGGAGAGAAGAGUGGGAAUUGGAGACAGAGGAGGAAGAGGAGGGGGAUGAGGAGCAGGAGCAAGUCGGAGACGAGUAGAAAGAUGAGCCGGGGAGACACGGGUGCCUCCCUUCCCUAUUUUGCUUCCCCAAUCCCUUCUCUGAAUGCAUUUCACCUUUCCCUCCACCAAUCAUAAGCUCCCGCGUUGAAAGCACACCCCUAAUCCACCCUGUAUUGAAAGGUCCUGCUGCUGCUGCACCUGCCGCUGCUGGUGUCCCUGCUGCUGAAGCUGCUGCUGCCACCACGAUUGCAAUGACAGCUGGUGAGGAACAGAGCAGUAGAAAGAGGAGGAGGACGAGACGGGGAAUGAGGAGGUGCUGCUGCUGCGCUCGCUGCUGCUGCUGUGCCUGCUGCUGCCACCACGUCUGCAGUGACGCCUGAUGAGGAA